AGGUGAACCAUUCGUCCCGAACAUACUGAGCACCGGAUGUCCUCCGUUGCCCACGCGAAUAUCCUCAUUUGAUGCUGAGCCGUUGUGGCGUCUGCUUCGCGGACCGAUCCUCGUCACAGCGGCCAUUAUGCAGGAAUUACCAUCGCGCAACUUGCCGAAACGCCAGAGUUCUGCCAAUGCAGUGUAUAUAAGCAUGUGUUGCACACCAAUACUCUGCUCCAGCCUUCCUCUACGCUAUGGCGGGCGUGUCUCAUCUUGCCGCGAAUCUGGCCCUGGUAUGUCUGGAGAACUUCCUGUAUGGGAUAUUCUUUGUACUCUGCCUUACGUCGACCAUCCUUCUACUGGGAAGGCGUCGACGCCUGCCUUCACGCGAUGUUCAAUCUGCCAUCAACCCCUCUUUGUCGGCACCAUCUUUCUCUUCUUGAGCAUCACGGCGCAUUGGCUCUUGACCAACAUACGCUUGUUUCAAGCGUUGAUAUUCUUUCAAGGGGGAGCGAAGCCUGUCCUAUUUCUAGGCGAUCUCUCUCAAGCAACGAACAUCGCACAGACGGCCACAUUGAUUCUCUCUGGCUCCAUCUUUGACGCAAUGAUGAUCUAUCGUGUCUGGGUGGUCUGGGCCCACACCAAAUAUGUUGUCAUAUUCCCGACGCUAUGCUGGAUAGCAUAUGCGGUCUGCGGUAUCAUCAUGAUAUACCGCUUCUCGCUCUAUAAGCUGGGGACCGACGUCUUUGACACGCCGACGGGCCAAUGGGUCACGGCUCUCUGUAUACUAACAAUAUGCACCAGUGUCUACAGCACGUUCAUGAUCACGUUGCGCAUAUGGCAGACAAGCCACCGUCUCGAGAUAUUCGGGGACGAUCCAAUAAUGCGCGCUAUUGCAGUCUUCUCCGAGAGCGCAGCACUCUAUGCGACCUGGACCAUCUUUUUCUUCGCAACGUACGAAGCCGGGUCAAACCUGCAGAAUAUCGCCAAUGCAACAUGUCCCGCUAUGGCCGGCAUCGCUGCGACGCUCAUCAACGUGCGUGUAGGACUCGGGUGGGCCUUCGGGUCCGCACCACACUCCCCUGCGCGCACCGACACCACCUUGUCUUUCGUCGUACCGUCCCGGCGGGAGUUCUGCAGUCGGGAGCUGUCCACACGCCCUGUGGAGGUGCACAUAUCGCAAGCCAGCGACAGAUCGGAUGAAAACGGGUCGGACAAGGGAGCCAUGAAACGCUACGUUCCUCUUCAAACUCGGACCUGAGUGGGUGACAUCGUCGACCACAUGGUCUUCAUAACGAAUGUGCUGCUACGA